AGUGGAGAUCACAUAGUAGAGAGGCAGAAAGUAGUAGUAUUACGAGUAUACAAUAUUUUCAAGUUUUGGAUAGAGUACUAGUACAAAAUCAAGACCAAGAAACAUUAUUAAAUGAUCUGGUAGAAGUUUUGGAAGAAGUUCAAGCCCACUUCCAAAAGCAAUUUGUAGGCAAAGAAAAUAGCUACACAGAG